AUGGCCGCCUCCGCGGAGGGCGGAGCCAGGGAUCCAGAGUCCAACGGAGGGGAGAAGCCCUCGGAGGAGCCGGAGGAGUUCGAUCCCAGCCGGAUGAUUGGCAUCAUCAAAAGGAAGGCAUUUAUCAAAGAGAUAACUGCUGCUUACCAUGCUGAGUGCCUAGCAUGCUGUAAGGAGCUUCUGCAGUUUCAGAGAAAGUGGGAGGAGGAGCAACAUGCCGAGGCCAAGAUGCCUGAAGAACCCAAUACAUCGUCCGCAAAGCCCUUGAAGCGCAGGAAGAGGUAGCUUGAGAAGA